AUGGGGAUAUGCUGCGGCAAGGGCGUGAUGCCGAUCGUCGACGACACUGGCCGCCCUCGCCGCCAUGUGGAGCCGGCGGUCUCAGUACCGACCGUCGAGUUCGAUGUCGUCGUGCCGGAAAGAGGGGCAAACCUCACACUGAGUUUCACACGGAGUGGUUGCGCUGCUGCCAUGGACCAGAGCAUCCACACUGUGAGUGACUGUAGCGUCAGUCUACCGGAUGGUCGUAGCCAGAGUCUUUCAGCCACAAUGCGUGAUGAUCUGAGCAGGAGCUUCGUCACUAACGGGCUAAAUGACGUACUGGCCGGUCAUGUUGAUCAGUUCGUACAUGAUGUCUUACAGAUGAGUGUAAAUGAACCGAGAAAUAUCCUUGAAGAAAGCGUUAAUGCCGUCUCCGCGUCUAGCCGAAGCCGGGCGCGUACGAGCCUUUCUACCACGCUACGGAGCAGCGACCAGUUCACCAAGGAGCAGAAGCAGUACUUUGAAAGUGCUCCGUGUCCGGCGGAUCGCAUCUCACGCCUGAUUGAACUCGAGCAGCUCUGUCGUCAAGAGAUAUUUGGCGCAUGGAAGAUAAACACGACGCUCUUCCAGAUGGCGUUAAUGCGCAUCAUGCCGACUAUUCGGCGUUACCGCGUCGCACCACGCCAGCAGCAACAGAAGAACAACCGUGAAGUGCUCGUCAUUCAUGCCAAAGACAUUGACCUACAGGUAGAAGAUGGGGCAGCCACGCCAGAGGAGUCCCCAAUGCGGCAGCGCGAGAGCAGUUCGACUGCCCUCUUCUCGCCACAGGAGGAGGUUGCGAGUAGCUCACCGGUGGCGGAGCACUAUCAAAUGUUGGCGCUGACCGCGCGCGAGGUUAGCCUCACCGCCAACGUGCAGGCGCGUGUGGUGAAUAACACGUGGGACUUCCUGUCACUACCGGGCGCUGCCGAUCACCUCAACGCAGGCAAUGUAUUCUUUCGCUUUGUUUGCUCCCCUAUACCGAACGUAGACCGGGAUACUAUCGACAUGAUAGCCACCUUUAUCAACCUGACGAGCUUUGCCGACGAGGAGCAGGAGAACAAUGUUCCCAGAAUUGACAUUUAUUCUGCAGAGGAGCAGAGCGCGUACGUGGGCAUCCUCGUGAAAGCAAUGUAUCUUCUUCCAGGGGUGCGCAUGUCGCACAUCACCACCGACCUUGUCGCCUCAUUAGACUACCAGCGCAACUGCCAACCGGGCGAAAACAAGUUUGAGAACCCCGACACACCCUACACGUUUCGCACGGUCAAGUCCGUCAUCAAGUUUAUCUUUAGCGUCACCAUACAGAUGAAGGUGAGCGAGAUCACGGACCCGGGGGUGCUGUCUACCUUCAAGGACGUGGAUGGCAUGCUUCCUGCCAAGGUGUUGCUACUCGAGCGCACCAAGAAGAAUAUCCACAAGACCGACUCCACCGUGAAGGUUCGCUCGGUGCUGCUGUACUACCCGGUGAACGACGGGGUGCUUGUGAACAACCAGACGAUCGUUCUUAACACCUCCCUCCCACGUGUGGUGUCGAAACUGAUGCAAACGUUUGGCUCACAAGGCGCCACGGAGGCCGCGCAGACGGCGAAGCAGACGCGGCAGUACCUAAUUCAUAGAUUUGGUGACUCUCGAACGUAG